GACCUCGGAUCCAUCUCUGUCACCAUCCCCAAAUCCAUGGCCAACUCCCUCAUGAACACAAGAUUGAUUUCUUACUGUGGAUGUGUUGCCCAAGUCUUUCUUGUCUUCUUCUUCACUUCAGCAGAUUUUGCCAUACUGACCAUCAUGGCGUAUGACCGAUAUGUCGCCAUCUGCCAACCACUGUGCUAUGAGACAGUGAUGAACAGGAGAGCUUGUAUCCAAAUGGCAGCCAGUGCCUGGAUCAGUGUUAUUCUCUACUCUGCAGUGCACACUGGAAACACAUUUGCAAUAUCUUUCUGUGGAGGCAACAUGGUGGAUCAGUUCUUCUGUGAAGUCCCCCAGCUUCUCAAGCUUGCUUGCUCUAACUCAGACCUCAGUGAAGUUGGGUUUCUCAUCUUUAGUGUGUGCUUAGCCUCAAGCUGCUUUCUUUUCAUAAUUGUGUCAUAUGUUCAGAUCUUCACCACAGUGUUGAGAAUCCCCUCUGAGCAGGGCCAGCAUAAAGCCUUCUCCACCUGCCUCCCUCACCUCAUUGUGGUCUCCUUGUUUAUUUGCACUGGGACCUUUGCCUACUUGAAACCCAACUCCAGCUCAACCUCAGGUCUGGAUCUCAUGGUGGCUGUUCUCUAUUCUGUGUUGCCACCAAUGACGAAUCUGAUCAUCUACAGCAUGAGAAAGAAAGAGCUCAAAGGUGCACUGAGUAAACUGUUCAUCCUAAAAUACUUGGUGUUUGAACUUUGA